AUGCAACUUUUCACUCAUUUUAAUACUAUCUUAUAUUGUUUAUCCUUUCUUGUUUUUUCCUAUGUAGGAAAUACAAAAAAUUAAGAAUCUUAGUUACUAUUUGUAAUUACUUGGCCCUUUUGUAUCAAAUUAGGAAAUUAAUUUAAGGUGAAAUUAUUUUGUAAUUAGUUCAGCUUUUUUAAUUAAAAGUUUUUAUUUAUUCAUUAUUUUUUUGCCCAUGCUAGAUAACAAUUUGACUUAAAAUCAGUAUAUUUUAAAUGUUCUCUUUAAUAAAAUUAUCCUUAUAAUCUAAUUUAAUCAUAGUAAAUUAAUUUGCAAAAUUAAUAAUUUUUAUAGCAUCUGGAUAAAUUAUUUAAAAAGGUAACAAAAAUUUAAAUAUUUUAGGCUCCUGAAAAAUAAUUAUAUUUAUCUUUAUUGUUGCUAUUGAAAGAAUAUUUUAAAGCAUAUUAAUAUUCAAUUAAGAAAAAGCAUAAAGAAUCCAUGAUUCAAUUUUCAAGAUAUAAAAUCUCAAAAUAAAUAAUUUUGAAUGAAUUAAGAAAUUAGAUGCUUACUAAUAAUUCAAUUCAGUUAAAUACAGUUUUAAUAGAUAGUUUAAUUUCUGUUGAAACUUAGAGCAUUGAGUUUUCUGAAAAAUUACUUGAGUGUUGUUAAAAAAAGAUAGAAUUUCAUCAAAUCUGCUUAAGUUAUGAAAAGAAAAACGAAAUAUCAAAAAAGGCUGAUGAUAUUGUUGAAUUAUUCGAAAAUACUAUUUAAAAAAUAGAAUAUUAAUACAAAAAUUAUCCUUUGAUUAGAUAUUAAAGAUGUCUAUCUUUUGGAUAUGCUGAAUUAUGCAAUGAUAUUUUACUCGCAAUAAGAAUAAUGAAUCAAUCCUCAUUUCCAGAUGAAUUUAUUUAUACCAAAAUUUUAACUUUAAAUGAAUAAUUUAUAUCUUAGAAAACUGUUUAUUUGACGAGCAACUUAGAAAAUUAAAAUGUUAUUAAAUUGUCUUCAAACUUUCACGAAAGAAUUUAUUCAAAUGUUUAAAAUAUAUUAUAGAUGAUACCUAACGGGAUUUAAGAACAUCAUUAAUAAAUGAUUCAAGAAUUUAUAAAAACAGGAAAAUCAAUUUUUUUCUAAAAAGCCACUUAAACUCUCUAUCAAGAUUUUUAGUUAAUAAAGCCAAUGAUUUUAAUGAAUGAUAUUGUCAUUUAAGAUAGCAGUUUUGUAGCAAUAUCAAUAAUGACUUUUCCAGAUUAAGAGUAUAUUAUUAUUGUUGUUGAUAAUAAUUAAAAAGUCAGGAGCUUAAGUUAAGGAUUUUUAGACUAAAUUAAUUUAGAUUUUGAAAAUGCUAACUUAAUUUUAGGAGUUGAUAUAUCUCUUAUUAUUCCAAAAUUUAGUCUAAUUUCUUAAAUAUCAACUCCAUAAUAUAUUGAAAUUAAAUUACCAAAUUUUUCAUAGUUACAGGCUGAAUUGAAUUAAAAUUGUAAAAGCAACAAUGAAAAAUAACAUUCUAGGAUAUUAGAUGAUUUUUGGUAAGAUCAUUAAAGAAUGAAUACUUUUAUAUCUUUAUGCACCAUUGAAAGCUCUAAAUAUAAUUACCACAAGAUAUAUUUUAGUUAUGUAAAAAGCUUAAAUAAAACAAUCUACUAUCCUAAUUCUUUAAGAACAUUUUAAUGUUUAUCUAACAAUUGUUUUGAUGAAAUUGAAGAAUAAGUCAAUAUAGCAAUUCCAUAUGAUUAAUUAGAAUUAGAAUAAAAAUUAGACAUGUUAAAUACUGCUAGGUAUGAAUAAACACAGACUUUAAUUAAAUAUGAUGAUUCUAGAACUGAUAGAAUUAAGCGAAUUGUCUAAUCAACAUAAAAAAUUGAAGAAAACUCUAUAGAAGGACAGAUGAAUCAAAUAGCACAGAGUCAUUCUUUGUAAGAUGAAAAAAUUAAAUCAAAUUAUGAAAUGAAACACUUUUAGAAGUAUUCUUUGUUUGAAAAAAUAAGAGGUAAAAAUAACUUAGUUAAAGCUGAAAAAAUGUUAAUUAUAAUUCUUGUAUUAAAUUAACUGUUAUUUUUUAUGUAAAUUUUAUUAUCUUUGAUAGAUUGUAUAAAUCUAUUUUAAUAAAACUUGAAUAAGUUAGAAUUAUUAAAGAUAAAAUAUGAUUUAUUUUAACCUGUUGAAACUUUCAUUGUUACUAGAUACACAAUCAUUAAUUACAACAAUUAAUUUGCAGCAAAAUAAAUCACUAAAUCUUAAUUAGACUUUUAUUUGAAAUUUCCAAAUUCUAAUUUAAAUUUAGGUUUUGAUGAUGUUUAUUAAAAUUAAGAAAUAAUUCUUAAUAGAUUAGAAUUGUAAGAGUUUUUAUCAUAAUUUUAUGAAAUAUAUAUUUAUUCAAAAACUGAUAUUGGUGAAAUGUAUAAUAUUACAAUGAGAUAAGCACUUAGUAUAUUAAUUAAUUAUUAAUACACAUUUAAAGCUGCAUAUGUUUUUGAUGGAAGAACAGUUACAGAUUCUCCUUAUAUUUUUUAUUCUUAUAGAAAUUUAUUGACUUUAUAUUAUUCCUUUGAUUAACUAAGUCAUAAUUUAUAUUUACAUACUCUAUUAACAAUAUAAGAAGAUUUUUAAAAAGAAUCAUCUUUAUUUUAUCCAUUCCUAAUAUUAUUUAUUCUCUUUUUAGGAAUUGAAAUAUAUUAUGAUGUAAGAAAUAAUAAAAUUUUAAUAAAAUUUGUAUUUUUAAUUCUUUAUACGCCUUCUGUUUUUAUUUUAAAAGAAAUUAGUAGAUUGAGUAUUUAUUUAGAAUCUUAUGUAAAAAAUCCUGAAAAAUUGUUUAGAUUUAAGUUUAAUAUUGAAGAAAAAGAAAAAGAACUAAAAAGUUACAAAGAACUUAAUCAAAAUUUUAUUUAAUAAAAAAGGCCCUAUAUUACGAGAAUAUAAUAUAUUAAGAAAAGUCAUUUAAUAGUUUUAUUUCUAUAAUUAGCAUUUAUAAUAUCAUUUGGAAUAAUCAAGGAAAACUUUAUUACAUCUUACCUUACUAGAUAUUAAAAUACUUGUUAGUUUAGUUUGGAAGUAUCUCAUCUUGGUACUAAUAUUCCUACAAUUUAUGCAAUGAGAGAAGUUCUUUAUUAUAGAUGGAGAUACCCAUUUUAUAAGGAAAAAUAAUUAUUGUUAAUACUGGAGUAAAUAAAAGAUUGUUUAAAGUAAGUUCAUAAUAUUACAAAUGAUAUGUCAUAAUUAACAAUGUAAAUAAAAUAAUUAAAAUAGGAAUGAUUAUUUAUUAAGUGAAUCAUUUGGAGAAUAUAUUGAUAAGCUUUAUUAAACAAGCCUUUGUGAAUAACUUCCUGGUGAUUUAUAGGAAAGAAGUAUUUAAUUAUGUUAGACUACUUUGGGAGGAAGUUUAAGAAAAGGUUUAUACAGUGCUUUAGUUUAUAUAUAUACUAGUGUAUAAAAUGAGAUGUAAAUAAACGAAUUUUACAAUAAAACGGAGAAUACUGUAAAUGAAUUAGAAGGAGUUUUUAUGGUUAGUUAAAUAAUAAAAUAGAUGAAUACUAAAUUAUGGUCAGAUGUAGUUAAAUCAACAGAUCAAAUUUAAUAAAUCAUAUCUGUAAUUAUAUGUAUAAUGGUAGAUAGUAUCUUUUCUUUACUUGUUAUUUGUGAUAAUGAAUCUCAUAAUAAUUUUUUUUCUUAUUAAUAGAAAAUUGGAGAGACAAUAUUAUUUAUCAAAAAGAUAUUUAUAUUUGGUACCAUAGGCAAUUCUUUUUGGUAAUGAUGCAUUUGAAAGAUUAGCAAAAGGAUUGUUGUAAUUGAAUUGA